AUGGCGGCCGAGGGAGAGUACGAGUCCAUCCUGUGCGUUAAACCCGAUGUCAACGUCUACCGCAUCCCGCCACGAGCUUCAAACCGGGCAUACAGGGCAGCUGACUGGAAGCUGGAUGCUCCUGACUGGUCUGGUCGAAUGAGGAUCACAGCGAAAGGCAAAGUGGCGUUCAUCAAAUUGGAGGACAAAGUCUCAGGGGAGCUGUUUGCCCAGGCACCAGUCAAAGAAUAUCCCGGCGUCGCCGUGGAAACCGUCAGCGAUUCCAGCCGAUACUUUGUUCUGAGGAUACAGGAUGAUAACGGUCGCAGUGCUUUCAUCGGCGUUGGCUUUGGGGACCGAGGGGACGCGUUCGACUUUAACGUGGCUUUGCAGGAUCAUUUCAAAUGGGUGAAGCAGGAGAAUGAACUCAGUAAAAGCGCUCAGCUUGGAGAUUCAGGACCAAAGCUGGACUUGGGCUUUAAGGAGGGACAGACCAUCACACUCAACAUAGGGCAAGGUAAAAAGAGGGAUAAGCCCCGCUCUCAAGGCGCAGCUGGGUUUGGACUCCUCCCACCGCCACCUGGAGGCAAGAUAGCUCCUCCCCCUUCAUCAGGCUCAUCCAAUCACAACAUAGUCCCGCAGACAGGCGGCACAGCAACAGGCUGCCUGCUGGAGCUGGACAGUAGUAACUCUAACACAGUGCUUCAGUCCAACCCUAGUUCAGAUCUUUGGGGAGAUUUCUCUGCUCCUGCAAGCUCCGUUCCGCCUCCAUCGCGGCCACAGAACACCACCAACUGGAUCCAGUUUUGAGUCGGCGGCGGCGCGUUCACGUCGGUUGUGAUUUGUCAUCUCACCUGCAUCUGUGUCCGUCGCUUCCUGUGCAUCACGCUGAGAGUAACUCCCACACACUGGUCCCACAGCAGAAACACCACAGAGCUGUAGAGUCAUUUCACUCACAGAGAGUUUGAUUUCUGUCCAAUAUCCCCGAUAGGAGACGAAGCAUUAACGAGCUAAAGCCAUCAACGUGAUAUGAGCCAUUUCCAAUAAUAUUUAAGGGCUAUGUGUGACGUCCUGAGUAGCAAGUGUUCCUCCUCUGUGUGUCUGCAUCGCCUCCCCAGCAGGUGGCCCUCUGAGCAGAGCUUCACCUUUGAUCUGGAGUGUAUUUAUUUAUUUUUUUGUCUCUGCAGCAGCUCCCCCUGCAGGCACAGCAGACUACUACACCUCAACGAGACACAGCUGCUUUCUGCAACCUGCUGUGAAAUUUGCUACAAAGCUGCUCAACACAUGUUAAAGGAAGGAAAUUGAGACCAUUUUAUAAUGUUCUAGGAUUGGCGCUUGAUGUAAUUUUUUUUGUCAGACAGCCUUAUUGGAUGAAUGAAUUUGAGAUUACAGCAGUGGUUAAACUGAUUAGAAUAGAAAUAUGUAAAGGAAAGAACAUUUUGUGACACAUAAUGUCAUAAGGAAGAAUUGUUUUCCUCUAAGAAAAAUAAGAUUUUUCAAAUGAACUAAGUAUCUAAUGUGCAAUUUGAUGCCAAAUUCAUAAUGUAGAUCCAUUUAUGGAUGCAGUUUAUAAGCAAGUGGCAGUAAAAUGAUGUUAUCUCAAAUCUGCUUAAAUGACCUUUAUCAGAUUAUCACAGGAGUCACUUAAAGCUGGAUGAGAUACUAUAGGUAACAUAUAUACGAGGUGCAGUCACACUGCUUAAAUCUUGAAAAUUUCUGUUUACAAUUUAAAGUCAUGUGUUAUUGUUUACUACUGGGUACUUUUUUGUUGUUGUUGUUGUGGCAAUACUGAAAUCAGUAGCCAAAUCCAGACAUGGAUUCUUUGCUGUCAUUUAUUUGCAUUUUUAGAAAAAGCUAAAAAGAAUUAAAUGUCUUUCUGCUCAGUCGCUGCCGUUUGUCUGCUGGCAGUAAAUUGAAACCACUUAAAUAAUUCACCCCAAUCAAUUUUUUUGACCUUCUCUAGAAACUUGUAGUUAAUUUACCCACUUCAUAGUCCAGCUGAAAUGAGACGAAGCAGAUCAGCGAGAUGUAGGACUCAUUAUCAGAACGUCCUAUUUUACCCUGAAAGAAAUGUUUUUUUUUUUUUGUUUUUUUUUUAUUACAUCCUCGUAGAAAAGGCAGGUCGUACACUCUGCAUAGCUGCACUUUAUGCAUUAAAUAUGCAGUUUGCAAUUAUUGUCACCCACAUUUAAAGUUUAAUGUUGAGGGAGCUGCUGCAUCUCCCAAACAGUCCCUCUCAAAUGAAUGGUCAUGACAAAACAGACGGGGUACAAAUUGAGUUUCCUGCUUUUUCGUGUUUGUGAAAGGACCAUGAGGACUUUUUUUUUCUUUGGAAAAAUGUUUAGGGAGCUGCAGUUUAAAUGCACAGACAGUCCUGUGGUGAACUCUGGAGGAAUGUACCGCGUUCAGUUUGACAAUCUGAGGAGAGCAUUUGGAAUUUAAAAAGGAACAAUUUGGGAACUGUGCUUCUUCACUGUCUAGCUAAGAAGAUCGAUAAUCAUUCACAUGUGUGCUUUAAACAAACUGGAGUCAGCAGCUAGUUAGCUUAGCUUUGCUUAGCUUAGCUUAGCAUAAAUGCUGGUUACAGGGGGAAACACCUGUAAAGCUCACUUGUAUAUUGUGUUAAAUUAACCCCAAAUGCCAACCUGUUUCUUCAAAUCCCCAUAAUGCCGAGUAAACGAUGUGCUAAUCCUCUUGUGGCCUGGAAAAUUAAAAACUGCUCCCUUAUCGAAGUGAUGCUGUGAGAGCUUCAAGUCUCAGCGCUGACGGCAGGAAAAGCUAAAUGAUUGUGUUUGCUCAUGAAUGUCUUAAUGGCAGCAAAUGAAAUGUUUCAUCUUUGGCUGGUUGUGAAUUAAGAUUGUGUUUACAGGACCUUUGACAUAUAAAGCUGUUUUGACUGUGAAUUAAUUUGCAUAGAUUUUAUUUUAUUUUUAAAGAUUUGCUGUGAUCAAAUCACAUGAACUGUAUUUAAAUUGGCAUUAAGAUAUAGGGCUGAUUGAUAUGAUUCGUUGACAUGUGUGUUGUGUUUACAUUGCUCGCACUGCUGGCUAAACUUUGGGGAAAAAACAUGUCUCCCAUUCCUCACUCAUUCCACUCUUGCUGUAAAAUCACCAGACUAACACCUUUGAUUUAUGAUCAAUUUAAUGAGAAAGAGGCAAUAAAUCCUUUCAAAGGA